CCCGCGGGUCAGAGCUGCGGGGAGACGAGGAGGAGGACGCGGAUUAGGAGGACGAGCUAGGGAGAGGCCAUGGCGAGUGACGAGCUGGCUCGGAAGCUGCAGCGGCGCCUCACCAUCGGCGCUGCGGAGGAGGAGGCGGCUGAGACGCGCGCCGCCGUCGGGGUCACAGCGGGGACCGAGGGGCCCCCCUCUCAGGGCCCCCCCUCUCAAGGCCCCCCCUCUCAGGGCCCCCCCUCUCAGGGCCCCCCCUCUCAGGGCCCCCCCUCUCUACCCUCCCCCUCUCAGGGCCCCCAAUCCCAGGGGCUCCGCCGCGCCUCGGCUCCGGCCGGAGCGGGACUCCAAGGGUCGUGGCGACCCCGAGCCGAAGGGACCGAGGGGAUGGGAGGGUUGCUCGGGGGGAGCAGCCACGGGAACCGGGAUUUGGGGGAGCGAGUGGAGCCGCCUCCCGCGGAGAGGGGGCCCCGGAUCAUCGCGGGGGAGAGGGGAGGAACCCGGGUCCCCGAGCUCCUCUCCCGAGCGCAGAGGCGCGAGGUGGAGCGCGUCUUCCGACUGCACAACUCCAGGAAGGACGGCUACAUGGACCUCAUGGACCUCAAAUGCAUGAUGGAGAAACUGGGCGCCCCACAGACACACCUGGGCCUCAAGGAGAUGAUUGCCGAGGUGGACGAGGACUUUGAUGGGCGGCUGAGCUUCCGGGAAUUCCUGCUGAUUUUCCACAAAGCGGCGGCCGGGGAGCUGCAGGAGGAGAGCGGGCUUCUGGCACUCGCUCGCCUCUCGGAGAUCGACGUCUCCGCUGAGGGAGUCAAGGGAGCCAAGAACUUCUUCGAAGCCAAGGUGCAGGCCAUGGCGGAGACGAGUCGCUUUGAGGCGGAGAUCCGCGCAGAGCAGGAGGACAAGCGGCGCCAGGCGGAGGAGCAGAAGCAGCGCCGCGCCGCCUUCCGCCAGCUCCAGUCGGCCUUUGCAAACUGAAGCCCCGGGGGCUCGAUGCAUCACUGCCACCGGCAUUUGUCUCUCAGAUGUCGGCUUUCCAAUGCACUGCUUAUUUGAAUGGCCAACACGUUUGGGUGAUGGUACGGUGGAUACUAAUGUAUAGUCCCUUCCAAAAAAACACAUUUUCCUGGGGAGCAGCAUAACCUGUAUACUUGCAUUUUAAUGUAUAUCUUAUAUAAAAGUCUCCGCGCCCGCGCGCGCGCUUACGAGGGAUUUGGCUCUCGGACGGUGGACUUGACGUCCAAAAAAAUUUGCCAGGCAGCACGCCCUAAGUCCCGGGAUGGGAAUAGGCUAUUCCGUUUUCACAUCCCUCAACUUUAAAGUAGUUUAAUUAACAAAUUUGUGACAUUUUUAUUUUAAUUAUUUACUCAUUGCGUCACAUCGACCGCACCAACUGACGACAAUUGCGUGGGGGGGGGGCCGGACCCUGCCAAGUGAUGCGCGUUCGGUCGACCUCACGGGGGACAUAGAGCCAUUCC